AUGGAUUUUAGUGAAGAGGACGAAGAAACUUUAUUGAAACUAUUAACAUUAGGAGAUGAAUUGAUGUUGGAUCAGUAUUGUAUCCAGAUUCAACAUUUUUUAAUAGGGAACAAAUAUGAAUGGUUGGAAGAAAAUCUCGUUGAAACGUUACGUAUCACAAACAAUUGUAACUCGUGUACUCUUUUAAGGAAUCAUUGUUUAGAGUUAAUAGCUGAAAAACCUGCUUCGAUUUUUAGGUCUGAAGGGUUCAUCUCGUUAGAAGAAGAACUAUUGGUUUCGUUGUUGAGACGAGAUGACAUUGAGAUGGAGGAAAUUGAAAUUUGGAAUUAUAUGAUCAGAUGGGGAAUUGCCAAUACGCUUGGUCUUGUCGCCAUAGACAUAAAAAAUUGGACAGAUGCAAAUUAUAGGGCGCUGAAAGAAACUCUAUCUCAAUGCAUUCCAUUGAUCAGAUAUUUUUCUGUAGCUUCAUCGGAUUAUUAUGAUCAUAUAAUCCCAUUUAAGAAAAUACUUCCACCAGAAUUAAAUGAUGAUAUUCUAAGGUAUCAUUUGAAACCUGGUAGUAUACCAAAUUCUAUGGCGUUGCCGCCAAGGGAUCAAGGUAUGAAUUUAGACUCUUUGAUCAUCAAACCUUCUCAUGCAAGAAUCAUAUGCAAUUGGAUUGAUGGUAGAGACAUUGUUACUCCAACUUUUACCAAAGCUACAUACGAUUUUAGAUUGUUAGUUAGAGGUUCGAGCGAUGGUUUCGAUGCAUCGAAAUUUCAUGCCAGGUGUGAUCGUAAAGGAGCAACAGUUGUUUUUAUAAGGAUCGAGAAUAGUGGAGAGAUAAUCGGUGGAUAUAAUUCCGCAUAUUGGAGAACAGGUGCUGUUUAUAUACAUUCAGAUAAAAGUUUUUUAUUUUCAUUGGGUGAUGGAAAAAAACUACAAAAUGCCAUAUUAAGUAGAAUCAGAGAUUCACCAAAUGCAAUGUACGGUCAUACUUCCUACGGCCCACAUUUUGGUACCAGUGAUUUAAGAAUGUAUACACCGUUUAACAACAAAGAAAACUGUUCUUGUCAACCGGGUUCUUAUUAUAAACCCAUCACUGAGAAUGUUAGAUUUUCUGCCGGAGAGUAUGAAGUAUUUCAACUUAUCCCAAAAUAA